AUGGAUCGGUAGUAGCAAUUCUAAAUAACAUCAACUUAGUCUACUCAAAAGCCUAAAAUAAAAAAAGAAGAAGUCUCUCUAUCUACUAAUCCCAUAGAUAACCCUUGGAUUCAGUCAGUCUGCGUGCUUAAAUUCGACACUGAGCUGGGAUAAGUUAUGGAACAUCAAUAUCCACCUAAUACUUUGAACCCUUUAGAAGAAAAGGACAUAACAAGCCUGGCCUUCCCUGAAUCGAAUUCAGUGAUAUGUGAAGGCAAUCUCCUGUUUACAUUCAGACUCAGACAUUACAGCAAGUUGCCUCUGACUGCUAUUAGUCCCUCAGAGCAUCAGUUCAGUUUUGGCUUCACUAUCUUCAAUUAGAAGAAAGACCAGAAGAGUGCAAGAGGGUUCACUCAGCGCUCCAUAGUCAUCAUGAGUGAUCUCUACUUCGUUCAGUUUUACUAUCAGUUAGUAGGGAUUGUAGCGAGCAAAUGCCAGUUCCACACUGAGAUGCUUCUCUAAGACGAUGAUGAAACUGAAAUGGAAGAAGCCAGACCUGAAAAGGUUCUUAAACAGUUCUACCAAAUUUUAAACUCAUGGCCUAUACCCAUUCCAGGGCAAUAAUAUGAACUGAAUGUCUUCGGUUAUCUAAUUCAAAUUGAUCUACCCAAAGACAUGCUUGAAAACCUUGGAUAGAAGUAAAAACAGAAAAGAAUCGACCAUCUUAAGAGUAAAGGUAUCGAAUAUGAAGACAUUUAAAGCACCGAUUUUCAGUUGGACACCUACAAUACACAUUCAGGUCAAGCAACCUCUCUUAUGACUGAUGACUCUAGUUUGCCAGAAGAUGACUAGAAAGUUACUUAAAAUGCACUAAAUAGUGAAUCAGGCUAGAUUAUUUCUCAAGAAAAAUUACAGAAUCCUAAAUCUAAUCAGCAGCAAGAUGAGGAGGAAUAAUAGCAAUAGCAAAUUGAUUCAAAAUCAGAAAUCUAAAACUAAGAGGAGUCUAAAGCUGAGCAAUAAGAAGAAGUGAAGAGUUACGAGAAAAAGAAUGGCACCGAACUGGAGUAAUUGAAUAACAACAAUCGAUACAGAAUAGAUACUAGCUUCGAGAAAGAAAAUAAAAGCAAAAACAAUCUUGAAUUGAUUGAGAAAAAUUCUAGGACUAUUAAUACAUCAAGGAAUAAGCAGAAUACAUACAGAAAUAAUUAGCAAGAAAACGAGUUAAUAACUUACUUGACAAAGCAGUACAGCUGCAGUGACAUGUUUGGAGAACUGAUUAUUUAAAAAUACUUCUUGGGACAGAGUUUUUUAGUGCUAUGGCAAUUGUGGGAGAUAGCAAUUACUGAAGCCCCAUUAUUAAUAGUAGGUGAUGAUCCAACUGAAUGCUCUCAUAUUGUCCUAAUCUUAUUGUCUCUUAUAAGUCCUCUGAAGACACUUGCAGAUUACAGACCCUACAUAACUUUAUAUGAUUCAGACAUCAAAGAUUUUUCAACUUAGUCAAAGAAGAAGCAACUAGGGAACGUAAUUAUGGGAGUGAGCAACCCCUUUCUGAUAACAUUCUUGGGCUAAUUUGAAAAUGUACUUCACUUAGAGAGAGGACACUUCAUUGAGAAGAAGUAUCAAAGUCCUAAAGACCUUGAAUUUAACUAAAAAUGCUUGAAAGGCUCUUCUAAAUUGCCAAAGGAAGUUAAGCACUCACUUAUUUCAUCUAAGAAACUCUAUAUGAAAACAAAUAAAAUCGCAUUAAAGCAUUUGAACAUGGAUAAAUCAGUUGAGGAGUCUCUGGCUAUUAAUAACUGGAUCCUUCGAAAGCACUUUAAGGAGAUGACUGAGGAUUUCUUAUCAAGUUUCAACAGGUAUUUGCAGGUAAACUGGGCUGUCAAGGGCACGGGUGAUAUGAAUUAGAUCAAGUUCAACCUGACUAGACCUUUUAAAGAAAAGGAAUUUUUCGACUCUAUUCAUAGAGACAACUCCUUCUGUAAGAACUAUAUGGGAGGAUCUAAGGACAAGACUUUAAAGCUUUACAAGAAAUUUAUAAAUACAACUCUGUUUAGAAAGUACCUGAACGAUAAGAAAAAGGAGAUUGGAUCUAGGGAAGUCCAGAAAUUCCAAAAUUUUCAUAGUGGCAAUUUGCUAGGCCCACAAAAUAUAAACAACCUCUAGUAAAACUAUUAAUCUUGA